GCGCAGAAAUCUGGAUCACAACCAUCACUUGCACAGUUGCACCUGACUGACUUCCUAGUUGUCAGUCCAGCCAGCGACACUAAACAAAUGCAACCCAUAAAAAUGGCGAAGCGGAAAAAACUCAAACCAUGUAACGACACGUGUCAUUGCCAGUACACCUUCCUCGUUUCUUGCGCAGCUAUGUCUAUCGAUCUCUCACCAUAUCCUUCUCACUCUUCUACGUUCUACCAUUCAAUCGAACCUCUAUCUCUCUCUCUCUCUGUUUCCACACUCCUUUUGGCAGCUAGCGUCAAUGGAUUCACUAACAUUAGUGUUGACGUCGUCGCUAAUGCUCUGUUUUUCCGUCGUCUCAACCACGUCGCUUCUCGACACCAUUGCGCCAGGCCAGUCCAUCAGAGACGGAGAAACCAUCAUCUCCACCGGCCGGAGUUUCGAGCUCGGAUUCUUCAGCCCCGGAACUUCAAGCACCCGCUAUUUGGGCAUCUGGUACAAAAAAUACGCCGCCGGCACCGUUGUCUGGGUCGCAAACAGAGAAACCCCAAUCCUCGACCGCUCUGGAGUCCUCAAUUUCACUCGCCAGGGGGUUCUCCUCCUUCUCCGCGACGGCGGCAAAAGCGACGUCGUUUGGUCGUCGGCCAAUUUGACUAAACCACCAAAGAAUCCAACCGCCCAGCUCUUGGAUUCAGGAAAUUUCGUGGUCAGAGAUGGAAAUUCGAAAAUUUCCAAUGAUGGUGAUUACCUGUGGCAGAGCUUCGAUUACCCGACGGAUACGACCUUGCCGGGGAUGAAACUCGGGAGAAAUCUGGUGACCGGAAGGGACUGGACGAUCACGUCGUGGAAAUCCCCAAACAAUCCGGCGAGAGGGGAGUUCAGCCUCGGGAUCGAUCCACGUGGCUACCCGCAAUUGGUCCUGAAACAGGGGAACACGACAAUAUACAGGGGAGGGUCAUGGAACGGGGUACGGUGGACCGGUUCGCCCAGGCAGCAGCCGAACCCGGUUUACGAUUACCGGUUCGUGUUCGACGACAAGGAGGUUGCGUUCUCGUUCGACCUGCUCAACGACUCGCUGCUGUCGAGGAUGGUGGUCAAUCCGACUGGAGCGACGGGGAGGUUCAAUUGGAAGGACGACAAGCACGGGUGGGUGAUUUACUAUCUCAUGGGGGCGGACCAGUGCGACAUAUUCGCCAAGUGUGGUCCAAGUGCUAAGUGUGACAUGGACGGGACGAAUUAUUGUAACUGUUUGGAUGGGUUCAAACCCGGUUCGCCCGGGGAUUGGAGCACCCGGGACUGGUCCGGUGGGUGCACCACGACGGCUCCGUUGGGGUAUUGCAAGAAAGGGGAAGGGUUCGUUCGGGUUCAGAGGGUGAAGCUUCCCGACACUUCGGGGUCGUGGUUCGACCGGAAUAUGAGUUUGAGGGAUUGUAAGCAGAAGUGUUUGAAGAACUGUUCCUGCACGGCUUACACGAGCCUGGAUAUUACGCGGGGAGGGAGUGGGUGCUUGCUGUGGUUCGGUGGGUUGGUUGAUUUGAGGUCGUUUCCUGACACAGGGCAGGAUCUCUAUGUGAAGGUGGCUGCUUCGUAUUUAGGGUUCAUGAAGAAGAAGAAAAGGAAGGCUGGAGGGAUGAGGAUUGCCAUGUUGAUAUGUUCAAUAGCAGUGGUGGUGACAGCAAUCGUGUUGGGAUGGAGAUUGUGUGUUAGGAAAAUGAAACAGAGAUAUCAAGGGAAAAAGAGAGCAAAGAACUAUGACAAUGACGAUUUGGAGUUGCCAAUAUUCGAUUUUACUAUGAUCAGGAAUGCCACCGACGGCUUUUCAGAUGAUUAUAAGCUCGGAGAAGGUGGAUUCGGGCCUGUUUACAGGGGAACACUAUGUGAUGGGCAAGUGAUAGCAGUGAAGCGGUUAUCCAUGAGCUCUGGACAAGGGUUGGAAGAGUUCAAGAACGAGGUUGUGCUGAUCUCCAAGCUUCAGCAUCGAAAUCUCGUACGACUACUCGGUUGUUGUAUUGAAGGAGCUGAAAGAAUGUUGAUAUAUGAAUACAUGCCCAACAAGAGUUUGGAUUACUUCAUUUUCGAUGAAUCAAGAAGCAAAGUCUUGGAUUGGCAAAGAAGAAUCCACGUAAUCGAGGGAAUUGCAAGAGGGCUUUUGUACUUGCAUCAGGAUUCGAGGCUAAGGAUAAUUCACAGAGAUCUAAAAGUCAGUAAUGUUUUGCUCGACAUUGAUCUGAAUCCGAAAAUCUCUGACUUUGGGAUGGCUAGAAUGUUUGGAGGGGACCAAACCGAGGCUAGUACAAACCGAGUCAUGGGAACAUUUGGAUACAUGGCUCCAGAAUACGCCAUAGACGGGCUGUUUUCGAUGAAAUCAGACAUUUUCAGCUUCGGAGUUCUGGUCCUAGAAGUGUUGAGUGGGAGGAAAAACAGGGGAUUUUUCACGAGUGAUCAUGGCCUCAACCUUCUUGGACAUGUAUGGAAGCUGUGGAUGGAAGAGAAGGCACUGGAACUAGUGAAAGAAGAUCAAAGGCAGCUGGUGGCGGCUGAUUCGAGGCUUGUGGCGCUGAUUAAGAGGCACAUUCAUGUGGGUUUGUUGUGCGUGCAACAGGAACCUGACGAUCGUCCCAACAUGUCGACGGUGGUGCUGAUGUUGGGAGGAGACGGCAAGCUGCCGGAGCCAAAGCCGCCGGGGUUCUUUGCCGAGAGAAAAGUGCCGGAGACCGACUCUUCCUCUUCCUAUUCAUACUAUAAAUCGCGUUCCAUCGGUGAAAUCACCGUGACGGAUUACAUCCCGCGCUAGAGAAGAGAGAGAGAGAGUGCACUAUAGAGUUAUGAGUUAGAGAGAUUCAUAUAUAUAUCAUUUACUAAAACUCUUCUGUAACAAAAACCAAUUAAUAUGAUAAUCAAAUUUACACGGUUCGAAUAGGCGAAUACCAUGUGAUUAACAAAAGAGGGAUUACCGG